UGUUGAGCCUAAAGGAUAAACUGAAUUAUCUGAUAAUAUUUUGCUGCUGUGUGUUUGUCUCUGUCCAUGGAAGCGGCAAAGGUCUACAUGCAUCGUGUGAUGUUGCGAUUAUGGUCCAAAGAGGCAGCACUUGGAAGACUCCUCCACGACAAAGUCUGACAGUCAGCUGUCCGGUUAUACACUGUGGAGAAACGCUGGAGGUCACCUGGUGUAAACUCUUUGACUCAAACAACUGUGAACGGAUUCAUGAAACAAAAAAUGUGAAGAUAACACAGAAUCCUGAUAAGGAUAAGCUGAUCUCAUAUUUAAAUUUCAAGGAGAUUUCCAUUCAUGACGAUGGCAUGUACAGAUGUGGUUUACUAGGAUAUAAUGGCAGCAUAAUCAGCCAUUUCAUCAUCAUCUCAGUAUCAGACAUGUACCAGGGAGUUGAAACCCCCGAUAAUAAUGAUAAAAAUGCAGGAACAACACCGAGCCCUGAUCACAAUGAAAACUGGAGGCCAUACUUCUACAUUUGUUUUGGCAUAGUGCUUCUUAUUCUCAUACUGACUGCCCUCAUAUUCUUGAGUUCUUGUGACUGGAAACGAGUGCUGACCUUAAACUACGUAAAGGGAGAGGAAAUGCCGACUCUUAUGAUACCAGACCUCCCUAAAUGGAGCCCUCCUUCCACUCCUGUCCCACUGACCAACUUGUCUGUUUUAAAUGACAUCUAUUCAUCAUACACUCCAGAAAGAUCAGUAUCACCAGCUUCCCAGCCCGGUUCGAACCAGAUUUCAGCUUCAAAUCCAGCACUUAAAUAUCAAGACUGUGAAGUAUAUGGUAUCAUCAAACAUAGACACGCUACCAAACAGGGUGGAAAAUAUCACACCAUGACUAACCAAGUUAAAAACCCAGAGUCUUCUUUCACUGCUGAAAGACCAGGAUCACCAGCUCACGAGCCGCAUGAGUACCAGAUUUCAGCUCCAAAUCCAGCAGUCAGAAAUGAAGACUAUGCAACGUAUGCUGUCAUCAACCACGGCAAACCUGCUGGAAAACGGCACACCGAGACUAACCAAGUUAAAAACCCAGAGUAUGCUGUCAUCAAAUUUUCCUGAGUGUUGUUGAUUUUAAAUGGACACUUGCAGAUGAAAAAACUGAAAAAUGUUUUGCAAUAUGUGGUGGAGUCAUGUGAUGAAACGUACAGCUGUACAGCCAUACUGCGGAUGAGAUGAAUGGAGGAAGCUUGUGGUUCUCUAAGUGAACUGCAUGUCUUCUAGAGUUAUCGUGACUAAACCGGAAGCAGCAGUGACUUCAUUCUCUAGCCCUCGGGUUUGUUCCCAGCAGCAGCACUUCUUUUUCAACUAAUAAUUUAUUGUACUUUGUAUUGUGCUUCUGAUGUCAUCUGAUUCCAGUCCUUGUAUUGACUUGACUGCAGUAACUGUCGUACUUUCAUAAAAAGGUCAUAAACAGAUUUCUUCUUGACAGACAAAUAACACUUAAAUGCAGUUUUCUGACUGAUUUGUUAUAGAAAGAUGGCAGUCAUUAAAAAAAGACAUGUUAAUCAGCACUAGAGAGAUUUAAGAGAUAUGAACAGUUUCUCAUACCUGUCCCUCAUACAGCGCUUGUUGUUUUUGUCACCACUACUGUCAGAGACAACACCUUGCCUAUUGACCACAGAAGUGUGGUUUAGCUCAAAUGUGCAGGAAGUUAAAGAUGGAAACAUUUCUGACAAUGACAUUUUGUGAACAGGGGACGCUCAGCUUCAACCACAUGUACGCAUUGUUAAUAUUGCACUUUGGGCGAUGGCCUUAUUAUUGGUCCUGUUUUUCACAUAUUCUAUACUUAAACUAAAAGAAAAACAAGAAAGAGUAGUAUUGGUUAGCUUUUAAAAGGUACCAGAAACUACAAGCAACAGAGAAUGGGGGGAUUAGAGGAAAUAUUAAAUAAA